AUGAGGAUAUCCAACGCUUUUUUUCUCUUCCAGUUGCUUCUGGUAUCUUACUGUUUCAUACCAUGUCUGUCGCACAAACGAAACACCACCCUUAUGGGCUCAGUGCAUUCAUUGCGCUCGAUCGAGAAUGAAAUACAGAAUAAGAAAAACAAGAAGAAGAAAAUUAUCUUGUAUUCCAUAGGCUCCAUUUUAGCACUCGCAACAGUCAUAGCAACUGGGAAGUCGGAAAAAGAAACAGAUGUGCCCGAUCAGCAGUCGUACAAAUCCGAGGCUAAAAAGGUUGAGAUCAAGGGGGAUAGCGAAAAGCUUACUGAUAAGGAUCUUGAAACCCUUGAGAACGUAGCGGAUAAGGCGAGUGAUGGACCAGCUCCAGAAUUAAAGGACUUUCCGGAUUCUAUUUUUGAAGAAAAUUUGGAUAACAAUAAACCCCCUCUGGACUUGGAAGAUGGUCUGAAGGACAUUCCAGUAAGUGAUGAAGCGAAAACUGAAGGUGACGCAACACCAAGUUCCCCUAGCAGCAAUGAAAAUUCAGGCAUUUCUGGACAGGAUAAAUGGAACAAAUAUUAUGACUCAGACGUAGAACCCCGUAUUGUCCCAGAAAAGUAUCCAACGACUGGAAUUAAUGAUAACCCCCAAAUGGGUUCUGAAGAAAUGCCUUUGAAAAAUAGUUUUGGUUCGUCUUCUAAAGUUCCGGAAGCAGAGAAGGUGUUCACUCCCAGUAAGGGGUUUACUGAUAAGGAUCUUUCAACCCUUGAGAACGUAGCUGAUAAAGCGAGUGAUGGAAAAACUCCAGAAUCAAAGGAUUUCCCGGAUUCUAUUUUUGAAGAAAAUUUGGAUAACAAUAAACCCCCUCUGGACUUGGAAGAUGGUUUGAAGGAUACUUCAGUAAGUGAUGAAACGAAGUUUGGAGGUGACAAAACAGCAAGUUCUCCCGGCAGCAAUGAAAAUUCAGGAAUUUCUGGACAGGAUAAAUGGAACAAAUAUCAUGACUCAGACAUAGAACCUCGUAUUGUCCCAGAAAAGUAUCCAACGACUGGAAUUAAUGAUAACCCCCAAAUGGGUUCUGAAGAAAUGCCCUCGAAAAAUAGUGUUGGUUCGUCUUCCAAAGUUCCAGGCGCAGAGAAGGUGUUCACUCCCAGUAAGGACUACACUUCCAACAAGGACUACACUUCCAACAAGGACUACACUUCCAAUAAGGACUACAUUCCAAAUAAGCAGUCCACUUCCAAUAAGAGAUCCUCUUCCAAUAAGGAGUACACUCCAAAUAAGCAAUCCACUUCCAGUAAACGAUCCUCUGCCAAUAAGGAAUACACUUCCAAUAAGCAGUCCACUUCCAAUAAACGAUCCUCUGCCAGUAAGGAAUACACUUCCAACAAGAAUGACGAUUCUCCCCAACUGUCCAGCUCCACCCGAAUUUACAAAAAUACUUCAAGCGGGGGCAGAGGAAUUGGCGUGCGUGUAUAUACAGAUUCCUCAGGUUCGAAUAGUAAUAGAGGACGUAAAGGUGGCCCCAACAUUAAGAUUAGAAACCGCAAUUAA